AUGAGCCCAGGAGAACAGCUGACAGAUAACAACCACAGCAGCGUUGCCUUCAACAGUGGCAUCCUGUUUAACAUCUUCAUUCAUGAUCUGGAUGAUGUGGCACAGUGUCAUCUCAGCAAGUUUGAAGAGAAAAGAAGAGAAGGAGGAGUGGCUGGUGUGACAGUAGGUUGUGCUGCCAUCCAGAGGGAUCUUGAUGGUCCGGAGAAAUGGUCUGACAGGAACCCCAUUAACCUCCAGGGUGUGCCCGUCGCUUACGACAACAUCAAAGUGGUGGGUGAGCUCGGGGACAUCUACGACGACCAAGGGUUCAUCCACCUGAACAUCGAGGCGGACUUCGUCAUCUUCAGCCCCAAGAAAGGGAAAAAACUGGUGGGUGUCAUUAAUAAGGUGGCCCCUAGUCACAUUGGCUGCCUGAUACAUGGAUGCUUCAAUGCUUCUAUACCGAAACCUGAACAAAUGUCGAUUGUACAGUGGCAAGAGCUGGGGUUAAAAAUAGGGGAUGAGCUGAAAUUUAAAGUACUGCACUUGGAUUCUGAUGCAGCUGGAGUGUUCUUCAUUCGAGGAGGACUCACAAAAAGCAGCAUGAAGCCCAAACAAUCUGAGACCAUCACUGACAGUACAAAUGGAGAUGAAAGUCAACAUUUUGACCAUCAGGAAAAUGGCUUGAAUGACUGUGGGGGAGAUAAUGUCACAGAGGAGCCUCUAUGUGAGAUGGAUAACAGUGGCGGGCAAAAUGCAGAAGAGCAAAGUGUUGAAUCUGUGAAUGAAGUAUCUGAUGAUAAAAAGAAGAAGAAGAAAAAGAAAAAACAUAAGCAGGAAGAACAGGAACAUAAAAAACAUAAACAGGAAGAACAGGAACAUGUAUUGCCUACCAGUGACUCCAGUGGUUACCAAAGUGACCACAAAAAGUCAAAGAAAAAGAAAAGAAAGCAUUGUGAAGUUGAAGAAAGUGAAUUAUCUCAGCUGUCAGAAGAACCCAAAGCUAAAAAGAAAAGGGACUAA